AAAUAUUCAUUAUCAACGUUAUUAUUGAUUUUUUUCAUUAUAAUUCAUAAUAAAAAAACGAAUAGUAAUAAAACAUCACCAACAUUGGAAUUAAUUCAUAUCAAUCAUUCGAACCAUGUUUUUUUCUGGUGAUCUAGUUGCACUUACUAUUUGGAUCAUCAUGAUAUUAACAUCAACUAUUGAUAAAAAUGUUGUGUUGGCAACAUUCUGUCCGCCACGUUGUAAAUGUAAUGAAAUAAAACUAUUAGUGUUCUGUAAUGAAACACAAAUAGAUCUAGUGCCUAUCAUGUUAAAUCCGCAGCUAAAAAAAUUAUAUUUACGUGGAAAUCGUAUCAAAAAUAUAUACUCAUCAUUUAUUGUCUAUCAAGAAUUGCAAUAUUUAGAUUUAUCAAACAAUUUAAUUGGUGAUACCGGUAAAAAAAGUUUCAUCAUGCAACAAAAGCUCAAAGUUUUAUUAUUGAAUGGAAAUAAUCUUACACAGUUAAAUAAUCUUUCAUUCUAUGGUCUUGAAUCAUUAUAUUUACUUGAUUUAAGCCAUAAUCUUUUAUCGGAAAUAUAUAGUCGUAUUUUUAUGAGCCUAAACAAAUUAGAAUGGCUCGAUUUGUCAUCCAAUCAAAUUACACACAUCAACAAAGAGGCAUUCUUUGGUUUACUUAAUUUGAAACGGCUUAAUCUACAUGGUAAUCAGCUAAAACAUAUUCCAACACAAUCCUUUUAUCAUCUACAAAGUUUAGUUGCUCUAAAUUUAAGCAGCAAUAGGUUUACAGAAAUUCCAGAAAUGGCCUUCUCUCCAUUGACAAUAUUAGAAGAGCUUAUUAUUGAUUCCUGUUCUAUUAGUGCCAUACAUUUACGUGCUUUUAUACAUUUGUCAAACUUGAAUUAUUUGGAUCUGCAAAAUAAUCGAAUGGCUAAUGUUCCGACGGAAUCGCUCAGUUAUGUGACAACAUUGAGAACGCUAAACUUGAGCAAUAAUCUGAUUACAACAUUGAAAAGAAAAGCUUUCAAAAAUUUGACACAUUUACAAACGUUGACCAUAUCAUCAUGUCCAUUAAGUCAAAUCGAUAAAGAUGCCUUUAUUGACAAUGUUAAUUUAAACAGACUAGUGCUCGAAAAUAAUAAAAAAUUAAGCCAUAUCGAGAUGGGUACAUUUGAAGAGCAAGAUAAUUCAUUAGAAUAUCUUUCAUUACGAUCCAAUAUGAUUGGUUUUUUAGAUUGGCAAACAAUCAAUUUAAAACGCCUUCAUUACAUAGACCUACAACAGAAUCCGUUGGUGUGUAACUGUUCGCUUAGUUGGCUGAUUGCCUAUCUAAAACAUUCCAACAUGAUAAGUCAAUCUCAAAAGGACCAAGUAAAAUGUUAUUUUCCGAAUCAUCUAUAUGGAAAAAAAUUAAUUACACUGUCCGAAACUGAUUUAUCUUGCUCAAAAUUAAAUUCAACAAUGAAAACAGUUGUGAACAUUUUUACUUACACCGCUAUGCUUAUCUUAAUUAUGACAAUGAUGAUUGUCAUCUGUCGUAAGCACAAAUGGUGUAUGCCUCCUUUUUGUUGCAUAUGUCGACAAUGUCGAUUUUGCUGCUGCUGUUGCCAAAACUGUUGUUCCAUUGAAUCCUCAUCAACAUCAUCAUCAUCAACAUCAUCACCAUCAUCAUCAUCAACUAUACCGAGUUCUAGUCAGCCUAUCAUUGUAGGCGAUCAUCAUCUACUAUAUCAACGUCAAUAUUAUCAAAAGCAACAACAAUAUCAUUAUUCACACCAACAAUAUACAGAAAAUCAGAAUGAUGGUGUUCAGAAUCAACUACCAGCUAAAUCUAAAUUGGAAAACUCUUUAUAUUAUCCUACAAUAAUAAUUAAUGAUGAAUUGACACGCGACAAGCAACAAAUACAACAACAAAAAUUAUAUCAUUAUCCAUACCGUACGGGUACAAUGACCAAUUCGACACGAACAUCUGCUUUAAGCGUUGAUUUACAUCCAACACCAAAUCGUUCUUUACCAAUCGCUCAUAUAUGAUUAUUAUUUAACAUAUACAAACAACAACAACAAGUCGCAAUUUUGUUGUUUGUUUUUACACAUUUUCAAUCAAACAAUUAUUUAGAAAAAACAAUCAAGACAAGUU